GAACAAUCCAAGCGUCCAGGAGGCCUUCUACUACUAGAAUCUACGAUGCCACCUGGGCCGCAUUCUCACAGUGGUGCAAGACUAGAGACAUAGAGGCCUCAUCAGCCUCGAUUCCUCAAACCCUAGACUUCUUGCAGGAGGGUCUAGAUAAAGGACUUGCUGUUAGCACCCAAAGACGUCAGGUUGCAGCACUGUCCACUAUUCUAGCUAGGAGUUCCUCUCGCUCUCUGAGUCAACAUCCUCAGAUCAAGAGCUUUCUUAAGGGAGCUGUGAACAUCAGCCCUCCAGCUGUUCACCGGUAUCCGUCAUGGGACCUUCCAUUCGUGCUUAAGGCUCUGACGAAAGCCCCAUUUGAACCUUUGCGCACGACCAGUCUACGCCACCUUACCAUCAAAACUGCUUUCCUGGUGGCUAUUACAUCUGCACGCAGGGUAUCCGAGCUGGCAGCUCUUUCUGUCAGGCAGGAUCUGUGCGUAGUUCAUCCGGACAGAGUAAUUCUGAGACUUGAUCCGUCCUUUACUCCGAAAAUUAACUGUUUCACAGGACUCAAGAGAUUAUUUUGCCCAACUUCUGUCCCCGUCCUUCUCACCCUAAGGAACAUGAGUGGCACAAGUUGGACAUGAGAUGAACCGUGCGCACGUAUGUAAAGAGAACAAAAGACUUCCGCUAUUCAGAGGCGCUCUUUGUCUCCUUCCUCCCUGCGUCUCUGGGCCACAAAGUCUCCUCACACACAGUGGGUCGUUGGUUACGUGCUUGCAUAAAGCUGGCAUAUGAGCACCAGGGC